AAUGGGUCACCAGCAGUAGCCAUCCUUUAUUGUUGCAAGUUGGCAAGGCCAGCCACAUAGAUAAGGAGGGGGUAUUCAGACGGUCCCCCUCCAAUUGCCCAUCCUUGUUGACACCACCACAUCUCCUUGCCUGACCAGGGAAGCAACAGAUCUCUCUCUCUCCCGGGGAAGCCAUGGAGGACGAGCAGAGCCAGAGACCCGCCGGGGAGCCGGCGGCCGAGCCCGGUCCUGCGCCGGAGCUGGAAUGCAAGAAUGAGGACGGUGUGGAGGACCUGGAGGACCCCGAGAGCACCGCCGGCAACGGCAUCAGCUCCCUGGAGCAGCCGCUGCUGAAGCGGAGCCCCACCCUGACGGCCAGCCACCUCGCCAUCGUCGGCGCCAAGGUCUCCCACAUCGAGAGCCUCGACUACGAGAUCAUCGAGAACGAUUUGUUCAAGCACGACUGGCGGAGCCGGUCCAACGUGGAGGUGCUGCAGUACAUCUUCCUCAAGUGGGCGAUGGCGUUCCUCGUCGGCCUCCUCACCGGCGUCAUCGCGUCGCUCAUCAACCUCGCCAUCGAGAACAUCACCGGUCUCAAGAUGCUGCACAUGGUGGGCCUCGUCCGCGAGGGCCGCUAUUGGGCGGGCUUCCUCUACUUCGCCGGCGUCAACCUCGCGCUCACCUUCGUCGCCGCCGUGCUCUGCGUCGUCUUCGCCCCCACCGCCGCCGGCCCCGGCAUCCCGGAGAUCAAGGCCUACCUCAACGGCGUCGACACGCCCAACAUGUUCGGCGCGCCGCAGCUCAUCGUCAAGAUCAUCGGCAGCAUCGGCGCGGUGUCCUCGGGGAUGGAUCUCGGCAAGGAGGGCCCGCUGGUGCACAUCGGCGCGUGCCUGGCGAACCUGCUGAGCCAGGGCGGCGAGGGCCGGUGGCGGCUACGCUGGCGGUGGCUGCGCUACUUCAACAACGACCGGGACCGGCGGGACCUCAUCACCUGCGGCGCCUCGUCGGGGGUCUGCGCGGCGUUCCGGUCGCCCGUCGGCGGCGUGCUCUUCGCGCUCGAGGAGGUGGCGACGUGGUGGCGGAGCGCGCUGCUAUGGCGCACCUUCUUCAGCACGGCCACCGUCGUCGUCGUCCUCCGGGGCUUCAUCGAGGUCUGCCGCGACGGCCGCUGCGGCAUGUUCGGUGAGGGCGGGCUCAUCCUCUUCGACGUCAGCAGCGUCACCGUCCGCUACCACCUCGGCGACCUCCUCCCCGUCACGAUCGUCGGCGUCCUUGGCGGCGUCCUCGGCGCGCUCUACAACCACGUCCUCCACCAGGUGCUCCGCCUCUACAACCUCAUCAACGCCAAGGGGCGGCUGGCGAAGCUGGCCCUCGCCCUCGCCGUCUCCGUGAUCACCUCGGCGGGGCUCUACGUGCUCCCCUUCGCCGUGCCCUGUACGCCCUGCUCUGCCGCCGGCGCCGCCGCCGAUUUCUGCCCGACGGUGGGCAAGUCCGGCAACUUCAAGAAGUUCAACUGCCCCGACGGGUUCUACAACGACCUGGCGUCGCUCCUCCACGCCACCAACACCGACGCCACCCGCAACAUCUUCUCCACGGGCACCGCCGGCGAGUUCCGCCUCGACUCCCUGCUCAUCUUCUUCGCCGUCUACUGCGUGCUGGGGCUCAUCACCUUCGGCAUCGCCGUGCCGUCCGGUCUCUUCCUCCCCAUCAUCCUCAUGGGCUCCGCCUACGGCCGCAUCCUGGCGCUCCUGCUCGCGCGCUUCGUGCACAUCGACCAUGGCCUCUACGCCGUGCUCGGCGCCGCCGCGCUCAUGUCGGGGUCCAUGCGGAUGACCGUCUCGCUCUGCGUCAUCUUCCUCGAGCUCACCAACAACCUCCUACUCCUCCCCAUCACCAUGUUCGUGCUCCUCAUCGCCAAGACCGUCGGCGACGCCUUCAACCCCAGCAUCUACGAGAUCAUCCUCGACCUCAAGGGCCUGCCGUUCCUCGAGCCCAAGCCGGAGACGUGGAUGAAGGACCUCACCGUCGGCGAGCUCGCCGCCGCCAAGCCGCGCGCCGUCACGCUCCAGGUCGUCGAGAAGGUGUCCACCAUCGUCGCGGUGCUGCGCGCCACGCCGCACAACGGCUUCCCCGUGCUCGACCGGCCACGGCCGGGGGUGUCGGAGCUGCACGGGCUCGUGCUCCGGCAGCACCUCAUGGCCGUGCUCAGGAAGCGGUGGUUCCUGCAGGAGAAGAGGAGGACGGAGGAGUGGGAAGCGAGGGAGAGGUUCUCGUCGACGGAGCUCGCCGAGAAGGCCGGGAGCAUCGACGACGUGCAGCUGUCGCCGGAGGAGCUCGACAUGUACAUUGACCUCCACCCGUUCACCAACACUACGCCGUACACCGUCGUGGAGACCAUGUCCGUCGCCAAGGCCGUCGUGCUUUUCCGCACCUGCGCGCUCCGGCACAUGCUCAUCAUCCCAAAGUUCCAAGGCCUAGAGAUAUCUCCGAUUAUGGGGAUCCUGACAAGGCAGGAUCUGAGGGCGCACAACAUCCUUGGUGCCUUCCCUCAUCUGGCCAACAAAAGGAAAGUCCACUGAAGGUCCGAGGCACCAUUUUUUUGCAAUUUUCAUGUUCCCUGGAUGCAUCCAAACAGAAAGAUCCAGCUGCUUGUAGUGCUACCAGAUUCUUUUUUGCUCUGUUCUGUCCUUCUCUGUAAGUAGAUUGAGGGUUAUUUUACUCCUCUUAUGAGGAACUGUGUGAAUAAUUGCUUCUCAUGUACAAUCACACCUGCACUUCUCCGCUCUUCCACCGAUGUAAUCAAAAGGGAGCAAACACCAAUGAUGCAAUACAGAAUUUUUUUUUUCUUCGA